UCCAAGUAGGAAAUGAAUGGGCAUUUUCUAAAGCAAGCCUGUUUUGAUCGGCUUCCCGUCACUCUCGCUAUCAUAGUCUCGUCUUGGUGCGCCUCUCCAUUCUCUCCGUCUUCGUAUUCUCUCUCUGUGUGUGCGGCUAUGCUACUCUUUCUGCCCACCCUUCAACGGUGCCAGUUGUUCUCUCUUCUCUCGAUUUUUCGAUAUUUUAAAAGCGCACACACAUAAGCGGAACCAAAAUCAAAGCGAAGGAAAGCUUUACUUGUGAAGGAGGAAAUGGCUCUGAGUUUGAAUUCAAUGACGUAUUUCUCUUCCCCUAAGCUCCCUUCUAAAACCCUCAGUCUCAGAUCUCCUGCAGCUUACAUGGCCUCCACUCUGCACACCACGUCCAAAGAGGCUGAAAAUCUUAAAAAGCCCUAUUGCCCUCCACGGGAGGUACAUAUUCAGGUGACCCAUUCCAUGCCAACUCAGAAGGUUGAGAUAUUCAAAUCAUUGGAGGGUUGGGCUGAGCAGAACAUCUUGGUGUACCUAAAGCCUGUUGAGAAAUGUUGGCAACCACAAGAUUUUCUUCCAGAUCCUGAGUCGGAAGGAUUCUAUGAGCAAGUCAAGGAGUUGAGGGAAAAGUCAAAGGAAAUUCCUGAUGACUAUUUUGUCGUGUUGGUUGGAGAUAUGAUCACAGAAGAAGCCCUUCCAACUUACCAGACAAUGCUUAAUACCCUGGAUGGAGUUCGAGAUGAGACUGGUGCAAGCCUUACUUCUUGGGCAAGAUGGACAAGGGCGUGGACUGCUGAAGAGAAUAGGCAUGGUGACCUUCUUAACAAGUAUCUCUAUCUCUCUGGACGAGUAGACAUGAAGCAAAUUGAGAGGACAAUUCAGUAUUUGAUAGGGUCAGGAAUGGAUCCCAAAACGGAAAACAACCCUUACCUGGGUUUCAUCUACACAUCAUUUCAAGAGAGAGCAACAUUCAUCUCCCAUGGGAACACUGCUAGGCUAGCCAAGGAGCAUGGGGACAUGAAAUUGGCUCAGAUUUGUGGCACGAUUGCCUCAGAUGAAAGGCGCCACGAAACUGCCUACACCAAGAUUGUGGAGAAGCUCUUUGAGAUUGACCCUGAUGGCACUGUUAUGGCUUUAGCUGACAUGAUGAGGAAAAAGAUCUCAAUGCCAGCCCACUUGAUGUAUGAUGGACAGGAUGAUACCCUUUUUGAACACUUCUCAUCUGUUGCCCAACGGCUUGGAGUAUACACUGCAAAGGACUAUGCUGAUAUUUUGGAGUUUCUGGUUGGAAGAUGGGAUAUAGAGAAGCUGACUGGCCUUUCUGGAGAAGGGCACAAAGCUCAAGAUUUUGUGUGCUCCUUGUCCUCGAGAAUUAGACGGUUGGAGGAGAGAGUUCAGGGAAGGGCCAAACAAGUAUCCACCGUUCCAUUCAGCUGGCUUUUCAGUAGAGAAAUAAAGGUGUAAAUUCAACAGCAAUCAGUCCGCACUAUCUCUACUCAUCUCAUAGAGUAAAAAGGAGGGAAAGUACUAUAUUUGUUCUUCAUUUUGAUGGUCGUUUUAUUUUAGGAGCUGGGCCGGGAUUGGCUUUUGAUCAACGCUUUGUAGGUACACAUUUUUACUUGUGUUUGUCUUAUAUCGUCAUCAGAAAAAGGACACUUUAGAUGUGUCUACGCGGGUGCGUGUUUUUUUUUUUUUUUUUUUUUUCCCUUUCCUUUUUGCUUUCUUUCUGAAGCCUAGAAAGAAAUAGUCGGUGUUUCUUCAACAUUUGUUUUAUGCAAGUGCGUGUUUUAUCAGAUUAAUGUUACGUUUAAAGUUUUACAAA